AAUCCACAGUUUACAAUGUGCGCCCCCCUUGGUAACAUGGUACGCUCCAUUCUCUUCCGAAGUUAAUCCAUCCGCCUCGAGGACACGAGUAUGAAGCGAACAACGGUCUGAUGAUAGAACAACACCAGAUAUUUAUACAUUUAUCUGAUUUUAUUUGGACAAUGAGAUUGAUAUUGAGUUACUGGAUUCCUUAUUACGUACUUAUUGCACGGUUGGCUUGCGACUGUGUUCAUGUGACAGUAAAGGAAGACAAGAAGUUUGCCAUGCUGUUUUCCUCUGUGGUGCUGCAGUGCCAGUACAACACCCACUCCAUCAAACCCCCUGUGGUGCAGUGGAUGUAUAAGUCUUACUGUACAGACCGAACCAGAGAGUCGUUCACCUUCUCUGAGACUCUGGUAGUCCAUGGCUCUAAGCUGGGGGACAAAAGCUACUUGGACUGCUCGGAUAAAAGUCGUACUGUCGUGGCCUCCAAGCAAGGCGACUCCCUUAACCUGGCUAAACAAUAUAAAGGCAGAGAUAUCUCCAUUAUUAACAAAGCAGACCUGCGUAUCGGAGAGCUACAGUGGGGUGACAGUGGUGUGUACUUCUGUCAGGUUGUCAGUGGUGAUGAUCUGGAGGGCAGGAAUGAAGGCCAGGUGGAGUUGCUGGUGCUGGGUAAGACAGGUGUGCUGAAUGACAUCCUGCCUGAGUUUGAGCUGGAAAUUAUUCCAGAGUGGGUGUUUGUGGGAUCUGUAGCUUUGGGUAGCAUUCUGUUUCUAUUGGUGAUUGGAGUAUGCUGGUGUCAAUGCUGUCCUUACUCCUGCUGCUGUUAUAUACGUUGCUGCUGUUGCCCUGAUACCUGCUGUUGUCCUAAGCACUUAUAUGAAGCAGGUAAAUUGGCUAAAAGUGGACAACCUCCUCAAAUUGCCAUAUAUCCAUCAUUCUAUGGUGUUCCCAUGGUUCCUCAAGCAGCACCUUCUCGGAUUGAGCAACCGCAGCACCACCCUCUUGCAGCACCACCCUCUUUAGAGAACAAUACAGCUAGAGUUGGCAGUGUAUCAGAACUUAGCUCCUUGCAUGAUGGUGAUGUGGACUUCAGACAGACCUAUAGGCAGGUGCAAAAGAAAGCUCUGCCACCAAUCAUUGACCCCAGCGAUGAGCCACAGAUCCACACAGCAUCCACAGCUCACAGACUCCGGCCCACACAUUUUAAAAGCAGUCGUACUGAAGAACAUGAUAGCCGGUGGAAUUGCCGCUCAGAGUACCUGCCCAGGAAGGCUUUUGACACCAGGGGCCGCACAGGCUCCCUGGACGAAUUGGAGGAGUUUGCGAGGAGCUAUGGGCACCGAGCUGGACGGAGGGGGGAUUUUCAUGAUCUUCUUGGCAAUGAACAAGAUAUAGACAUAGAACUGAGGUGCCAGAAUCGGUACAGGCCUCGAAGUUUCCGCGAUGAUGAUAUUGAUGAUGAUGAUGCCACCUGGCGGCGCCAUAGCCCACCUUUGUUAUCAGAUAGGAGGCAUUAUACCAACAGUGAAAGGUAUAGUACUCGUAGAAAGUCAUACAAUGAUGCCUACCUGACCUCUGUGCUGGAGCACAAGGCAAGAUUGCAGGGGGAAUGUGGUGGACGGAUUGAUGAGGACAGCGACACACAGUCAAAGAGCUCCAGAAAGAAUGGUGACUGUUACUAUAGCAGAUCAUCAAGCAACCGACCGGAGGAGGAUGAAUCCUUGCCUCCAUACUGUGAGAUAGAUCGUUGCCGGACUGAGGAACCUGUGCAACAAGAGCGCUGCCGGACCAUGGAGCCAGCCAUAAGACCAUUCUCUUAUACUCGCCCUAAUCAAAGCAUGUCCCACACUCUACAGGAGCUCAGGGAGGACAAGAACAGACCGAGAAAAUUGACCACUCAUCUAAGCAGAGACUCGCUCAUUGUCUGAAGUCAUUGAGUAUCCAUGGUGCUGAUCACACUGGACUCACAUCGUACUAUUGUCAUGCAUCUACCAGGACAUGCACAAAGCAGCAUGAAUGCAUACCAUGUACAUCAGAGAAAUGAUGACACUGCAGCUUGGAAAUACUAAUUAAGAGACGUGUGCAUUGUCAAUCUGUGUGUCAAUAUGUUUGCAUAAAAAUGCAUGUGAAAGCACAUUCCACAUUCCUUUCAUUGCAUUUUAAAGCCAGUCAUUCAUCCUUUUGGGGCCUAUCAGUAUUUUGACAUUACAGCCUGCGAUAAGUGAAUCCUUUCUCCACUGUGCAAAACCCUGGACACUGAAAUGACAUCAUAAAACUUUGUGUCCAUUUCUUUCAAAAUCCUUGAUAUCAAAUUACUGUAUUUGUGAAUCUUUUUUAUUAUUGUUGUUGGUUUAUAUGUUUGCACUAUAGAGUAAUUUUGCAUUUCAGUGUUAAUCAGUUCUUCCACAUGGAGAAUAUGGAAUGUUUUUUGAUUAUAAACCUUUGAGAAUUUUACUUGUUUGAAUUAAAAACUCCUUUGAUGUAAA